AUGCCUUUAUCCCAGUUUGCCAGUCGCCUUCGGAAAGAUUUAAGCACUGAAAUGAUUAGAACUAACAUUGCUCACAGGAAGUCGUUGUCUCAGAAGGAAAACAGAUACAAGGUGUAUGAACGGAACAGGCACUUGGGCUUUAGAGAUGUCAACAUUCCAUUGGAAGGGAGAGAGCUUGUUAAUAUACAUGAGGUGUCUCAAGACCUCGCUCCAGAAAAGGCCAGUACCAAAAUAAAGUCAGAGAAGUCGGUCCUGAGUGAGCAGAGGAAACAGCUCCUGCAGAAAUACAAAGAAGAAAAGCAGCUUCAAAAGCUGAAAGAGCAACGAGAGAAAGCUAAGCGAGGUGUGUUCAAAGUGGGGCUCUACAGACCUGCUGCACCUGGCUUUCUCAUCACAGACCAGAGGAGUGUGAAAGCCGAGCCCGAAAAGGCUUUUCCAUACAAUGGGCGUAUUACAAGAUCAAAGGCCAGAGAACACAUGGAACACACUAAGAUUGACAGUAAGAAUGUUCUUCAAGCAACACGAUCUGGCCAAAAACAAACUUCUGAAAAGAAAAUAUUGGACAAAGAGAAAAAAGUUGUGCAGCCCAUGGUGUCGUCAGGGAAAGCGACUGGAUCAGCUGCUACUCAGCGGACAAAACAGAUGGCUCGAACAGUCUCGUCUACCACAAGAAAGCCAGUCACAAGAGCUGUUAAUGAGAAUGAAUCGGAAAGAGUAGCGCCAAGUAGAGGAAGACCUGCCAGGAAGGUGGAAGGCAAGCCUGACAAGGUCAUUCCCUCUAAAGCUCGUAGUGAAGAAAGUCGUAUGGCCCCACAGACCAGUGUAACAAGUAGAAUGGAUCUGGGUGGCGUCUUCCCAGAGAUGGAGAGUGUACCUGAGACGCUUCCGGCCAAAGUGGAAGAAAGGAAGUCUUUUGCACCUUCACAUUGUGUGUUUCAGCCACCGAGGGGUCUGAAGACCUAUCAAGUGGCUCCUAUGAGUCAUAGAAGUGACAGCACUUUCUUGACGCCCAGUUGUGACCAGAGCCCUUUAAAACCAGAAGUCACUACAACUCAAGAUGCGGCAAAUGAAAUCUUGGUACAGAAAUCUGUAACUUCUACCAACACAGCACAGCAAGAAUCAAAUAAGUUACGGAACGAUUUGGAUUCUCUAGCAGUCUGUAGUGAAGAACAUGGCUUAAAUCAAAAGGAAGCGUCUACAAACUCCAGUUGCCCUUCGGUGGAAGGAGUUGCAUCACUUGAAGUAGGUGAAGGCCAGGUGUCUCAGCCUCAGCAUGAUGUGCCAUAUUUCAGAAAAAUCCUCCAGUCUGAAACUGACAAAUUAACUUCACACUGCCUGGAGUGGGACAAGAAACUGGAACUGGACAUUCCUGAUGAUGCCAAAGACCUUAUUCGCACAGCAGUUGGUCAAACAAGACUCCUCAUUAUGGAAAGGUUCAAACAGUUUGAAGGACUGGUGGACAACUGCGAAUACAAACGAGGUGAAAAAGAGACUACCUGUUCAGAUCUGGAUGGAUUUUGGGAUAUGGUUAGUUUUCAGGUAGAUGAUGUAAACCAAAAAUUCAACAACCUGAUCAAACUUGAGGAAGCUGGAUGGAGAAACAAUAAUAAUCCAACCAAAAAAGUCAUCCGGAAAAAAACUGUGCCUGUUAGAACUAACAAAGCAAAACAGGAUGAUGAUGGGAGAGUGGCAGCUAGAAAUCGUCUAGCCGCCAUAAAAAAUGCAAUGAAAGAGAGACUGAAGGAGGAAGAACGUGCCCAUGUGGCAACUAUGGGAACGCCAAAGAAAGCUGAGACAAUAGUGUUUGAUGCUGGCUUUUUCCGAAUUGAGAGUCCUGUUAAAUCGUUUUCAGCACUUUCUUCUGAACGUCGUUCUCAGAGAUUUGGAGCACUUACGUCUGCCAGCAGAGUCAUGCCUGAGAGCAGGGUUGCAGGGGACCAUCAGAGACAAAGGAUAUCAUCACUGGAGAAUCCUGAACCUCAGAGCAGCCAAAGUGAACGUGUCAAUAAGACAUUGUUUUCACAUAUUCUUGAAAGCAGGUCCAGCAGAGUAGAAGACACUUCGUGUCCUAGAGAGCAGGAUUCAAGUGCCAGAGACCAUGAUGUGAAUGAGAUAAAUGUCAAGAUGGAUUGUUUCCCCGAUGAAAUGAUGGAUUUGUCUAUCCCUGCUGUUGGAGUGACGGGUGAUGAUAAGCAGAAGGAAGCACUUUCUGGUGUGGAAGGCAUGGAAAUAUCCUCUAAAGUCCCCUCCCAAGAUGUGCUGAUGAGUAAUCCUGAGAAAAACUCCCCCUCACGAAGUACCUCCUCUCAGGAAGAAGCCGAAGUGUCCCAGCCAGUACCAUUACAUAGACGGCUCAAUUCUGAACAUUGCCUUCUUGAUCCACCAGCCCUAAGCAGCACCAGUCCCUGCACACAGUUGGACACCAGACAGCAAAAUCGUGCCAGAUACAUCUCCUUCGGUGGUGACCUCAUCGUCUUCUCGCCACUGACACACGGAAGUAAAGAGCACCACGAGGGUUUUUAACUUAAAAGUAAUUCCUAACAUUUUUUCUUCAUAUCAUUAAUUCUGAUACAUUCUUAAAUUGUUGGAAAUUUUGAAAGUAUGCAUUAGUAUUCACUUCUAUUUGGUCUAUUUAUAUUGUAUUACAUAAUGUUUUAAUGUUCAGUGUUAAGACACUUUUGAGAUACUGUAAAAACUGCAGGUUUUGUAAAAUAUUAAACAAGAAACAAAUA